AAAAAAACACAUUUUGUAUUCAUUACAAACAAAAACACACACAGCCUUUUUCUCUUUUCUUUUGAAGAUAAAAAAAAAAAUCUAAUAUUGAUUAUGGGUGAAGUGUUGAUGAGUGGAAAGAUAGCGGAUAUUCCGGAGAUGAAAACAAGGAGUGAAGACAAGAUACAUGAUGGUGGCGGGCAAGAAUCGCCCGCCACCACCGCGGCCACUAACAACAACGAUGACGUUGUUGUUAGAUGGGAAAAGUUUUUACCAAAAAUGGUUCUUAGAGUGUUGUUAGUUGAAGCUGAUGACUGUACCCGCCAUAUUAUCACCGCCCUUCUUAGAAAAUGCAGCUAUAAAGUUGCUGCUGUAUCUGAUGGUUUAAAGGCAUGGGAGGUACUAAGACAAAAAUCCGAUAGCAUCGAUUUAAUACUGACGGAAGUCGAGUUGCCAUCGAUAUCGGGUUUUGCUCUGCUCACUUUGAUUAUGGAGCAUCAGGCCUGCAAGAACAUUCCUGUUAUAAUGAUGUCGGCAAAUGAUUCGGUCAGCACUGUUUACAAGUGUAUGCUCACGGGAGCUGCUGACUUUUUAGUCAAACCUGUUAGAAAGAAUGAGUUGAAAAACUUAUGGCAACAUGUCUGGAGGCGACAAGCUUCAGCAAAUGGUGGUAAUGAGCAGCAACAAGAAAGUGAUGCACAACAGAAAGAAGAGGCGACUGCUGAAAACAACGCCACUAGCAUUCGUUCUAGUGGUUACAUCGCUUGCAUAAAAAGAAAUAGGGAAUGUAUCGAAAAAGGAAGUGAUGCACAGAGCUCGUGCACGAAACCAGAUACGGAGGCUGAUGUACCAACUAUGGAACAACCAACCGACCACAGAGACACCCAAGAGGCUAAUGGAUUGGUGACCCAACCGAAUGAGCCAGAGGGAAAUCUGACUAAUGCCGAGAUAAGUGGUCAAGGAAAUAAUACGACAAUAGAUGUCAGAUGGGAACAAGCUAAUGCGGUUGGUAAUACUUCAAGGGAAGCCAUUGACUUGAUUGGGUCAUUUGACAGUUACCCGAAACCUAGUCUUAUAAGUUCAUUAAACUAUGGGGGAAAUAAGGUGGAUCAUCCUACACCAAUGUUAGAUCUUUCACUCAAAAGAUCUCAUCCAAGUAGCUCGGUAAAUCAGUUUAGUGAUGACAGACACAGAUUGAAGCCGUCUGAUGUGUCAGCAUUCUCGCGAUACAUAAAUAGAACACAGCCGCCGUUAACGUCAGGAUCUGCUAGCAUUUGCAAUCAACAAAAAGAUUCUGAAAUCAAGAAUCCUGUUGAAUAUAUGUCGGAUACACAUAGUGCACCAGUCGGUAGUUCCCAACAUAAUAGGAUCAGUCAACACGGACAAACGGAAAGCCUGGGUCAAACUCAAAGUCAAUUCCCUUCACCUAGGGAAAGCAUGUUUCCAGUUCCAGGUCUAGUAAGAGGUAUAAGAUUAGAGAACACGUUGCCCCCUCCCUUUUGUGUACAACCGAACGUGGCUCAAAUGCAGAGUCCCUCUUCAUCGGGCCAUCAUGAACAAUCCUUGUUUCAAGCACACCCGUAUCACAUGUCCAACCCUGAAGCAAGAAAUGAAUCUGCAGAGAUGCAUAAUGCAACAGAAGCACUCGAAGAUCAUAGUGGAAGUAGCAGUUUCUAUACCGGUGGGACAUUAACCCGUCUCAAUAGUAUAGGUAGUGGAAGCAAUGGAAAUAAUAGUCAUCGAUCUAUGCAAAGAGAAGCCGCCUUAAACAAAUUCAGAAUGAAGAGGAAAGACAGAUGCUUUGAUAAAAAGGUCCGAUAUGAAAGCAGAAAGAAACUAGCAGAGCAGAGACCGCGGGUAAAAGGGCAGUUUGUUCGCCAGGGGCAAACAAGUAACCCUUCACUUAUGGAAGUUGAUACAGAAUUAGCUAGCAUAAAAACUACAGCAUGAUAGUUACACGAGAUGGUGAUGACAUAUUUCACUUCUAUAUACAGUUUCCAGAGUUCUAAGAACAUUGAAGAAUCUAAUGUGAAGUUUUCAAUCAAGAUCAUCAGUACUGGAUUGUAAAUUUUGUAAUAUAGAGGUAGUAAUGUUGUUUUAGCCUUUGAUCAUACAAACGGACUUACUGCAUGUACUAGGUUUAGUAGGCAAUUGGUGGUUGUAACAUUUUCCCAUAGUUCUGACUUCUGACUACAAACGGUAGAUGAAUUCAUUCAUUGCUCGGUGACCCUUUUUCCCUUAAUCUUCCUAAUCUGGAUCAUUGGUGAAGUUUGUUUGGAUCGGGAACCACUCACUGAAAUGUAGAACUAGGGUUAAUGAGGAACUUGAUACUGUGGUUAAGCUUUGAUAAUCAAGUUAAAUAGAGUACUCGAAUGCCAAUUGUAUUUGAGAGUAUAUUGAUGUAAAUUGUAUAGCUUCAAAUGAAAUAUGGUUCUUUUAUUUCUA